AAGAGAUGAAUGUUAACUAUUACGCAGUAAAAAUAUAAAUGUAUCAAAGAACGCGUCAUUGGUUGACGUCCAGGCGUGCAUAUCGCAGCGUGUAAAACAGGCAUUAGGUAUGACAGCGCUCUCACUCACGCAUCGCCUUUGUUCGUCGCGUCGCCGAAACGAGUCCGUCCUCAUAUUGCUUGUGUUUGCGUUCGUAAGGGACAAUGUCCUUCGCGACUACAGGUCGUGUGUACCACGGAAAUAUUUAUUUCGCUCGGCUUGGCCGUUAAGAACGCGCCAAAGAAUUAAGACAAAGGUUAAAAGAUUCGUGACGAUAUCCAGCCCCGUAACGUUCAGCAGACGUGCUCCUAACCUAUACAUUGUUGCGCGUGUUUGUCUAAACGCUGGUGCUAUACUGUAUCAAUACCGUUCGUUCGUCAUCCAUCACCUACGUUUUGCGUCUCUCGCGCAGAGGAAAACUGAGAACGGAGAACGAGAUUAUCGUCCUGCCAACUCUGAGUCGCCGGAUUAAACAAGAACGAGCUUCUUCUUUGAGGUUAUCUACCUUCUACAAUUUAACAACAAUUCGUUCUCAAGGAGCUCCAGGAUAUCGCAAGAUGGCCGGUAGCAGCGAACUUUGGGUGCAGUGUUUCACGUGCUGUAUGACUCAGCGACCGGCGAGAACACGGAACGGUCGGUCGCAGCAGCAUCAAAAGCUCAGGAUAGACAGAAGCAUGAUCGGCGUGCCUACGAACUUCAGACAUACCGCACACAUAAGCAGCGGCGAUGUGGACAUGUCCAUCGCACAGUUGGCCAAUUUACAAGCACAAAUGCAGAGGAAAGGCGGAUAUGACACCAACAUCGGUGCUAAGGGGUGCUGAAAAUAGUAUUACGAGUAACAUAGAUGCGCCUGAGUGUAUCCUGUGACUGACAUUUAAUACAACAGAUAGAUAGAUGGAGAAAGAAAGACAAAGAAAUGAAGGGCAAGAGAGCUUUACAAUCUGACUAACGACGACUGAUUUCGUUUGUUCUCUUUAUUUUUCUUUAUAUCAAUGUUCCUUGCUCGUCGAAUGGACAAUGAGUAUAUUACUACGCCUAUGCAUACGAUUGCGUUUAUAUGGUGAUCGACUAGAGAUCUAAGAUCAAUAUAUGUACAUUAGACGAAUGUCCGAAUUUUCUUCGGAAAGAAAGCUGCCAAACGUAACGUUAUACACUAUUAUCUCGUGACGUACAAAAUAUUACAAUUGUUUACAGGUUCGUUCUUCCGCCCUUGCGUUACCCGUUUGAAUAUUUCCAACUCUGCCGUGUGGUAGUUCUUCUCGAGCUAGCGACAGUUCGCUCGAGUCAAUUUCGUAUUGUCAGAAACUGCACAAAUCACUCGCGCAAAGUGAACUUAUAACUACAUAUAUGUUGAGAUUGUGUUUACGUCCUCUCGAAUUAUGUUUGUCACUUACGCUUCGUGCACGACACUCUUAUAUUAAACGAAAUUAUGCGCUUGAUGUAUGUUUGCGUUCGUAUGCGAUAUAUGAUUAUAUACGAGGUGUUCGCAAGCUUGUUAUCGUGAACUUUGUUCAUAUUCGGCGCUCAUGCAUCAUCUAUGACGAAAGCGAUCCAGCGACGCGACUAUAAUUGUUGAUCUUGGAAUUCGCGCUGAAAACUGCGCAUCAUAUUUACUCCGACGAGUGCGACUGUAUGUGCGCGAACUUCGCCUCAUGCGAUUGCGAACAUCCCGUCGCCCGGCUAAUAAUUAGCUGGAGACUCGCGGAGAGUUUCCGUUUUUCCGCCGGUUCGACCUGAAGCGUGCCGUUUCAGCUCUUAAGCGGAACGGACACACUUGUGCUCAUGAAACGUCACUCAUAUCCGAUCGCGAGGGGGAGCGGGGGGGGCACUUUGACUCGGUGACAUUUAGGGAAACCGGUGGUGUGUGAUUUAGCGACGGGCUUAGACGUAUCUCGACAUGCAUUUAGAAAUAAGCACGCUGUUUCGUUCGGUGCGUUUAACCUGGUGAUAUCCAACUGUUUGAGCAUAAGCCGCAAAAACGAGCAAACGGAAGAAAUUGCGGCUUGGAAACCAGUAGACAGUUUUACGCUUAAUUAUAAGUCUUGCAAAUAGUGGGACGGCGGCUUAAAUCGCUGAAAUAGCAAGCCGAAGAAAGAUUGAAAAAUGAAACUUCAAACUAAUCAGGUGCAGCAACGAGACUGUUUUUCUUGGUAUGUGUGCGCGCGCGUGCUUGUUCUCUGUCUCUCGAAGUCGUGACUUUCGUCAUAAGACAAAUAUUUCCUUGUAAAAUGUAUUUUUAUAUUCCACACGCAACACAUCUCGGAAUCCAUUCGCCAAACGAAUGAAUGAUCGAUUGAGUACCGCUGCGGCGCGCGCGAUACGCAACAUUUAUUUCCUUUCUCGUUGUUGCGUUAAGAGCGACGGCGAUCUCCGCUAAUAAACUUUUCUUGCGAAACUGCGACAGAAUUGCGAUAAGAUCGAAGAGUGAGUGUGAAACGUUGUCGAGUGGUCACCACCUGUCGUUGAAGAGUGCCCGCUCUCUUGCGAGAGCGCAACGUGUGACGCGACGCAAUCGCACGUUCGAUCGGGGCUGGAUUUGCAAUUUUAUAACGAAAGCCACGAAAGAUAACGGCACGUUGCUGAAUUAGUAGAGUAUUCGCGUAUUAGUAGAGAUUAAUUCGCUUUAUUGAUCAACGAUUCUUUCGAAUGUCGUUCCGUUUCGUUUUCUUUCUAACGCCGCUUGUGCGUAUUCCCUUUCUCGCUAUCCGUAGAUUAAAUUAUUAAGAUAAUUGACUGCCCUCCGGUAAUGGAGUAAUUAUCGAUGUAUAAAGAGGUCGUUGAAACUUGUUACAGCGGGUCUUAAUGACUUCCUUAUACAUUGGUCGCAUAAUCAAUUAUAUUGAGCGCUUGAAAAAGAAAAGAAACAAGAAGGAAAUAAAAUUAAUUUAUAUUUAAAAUUUGUCGAAUGUUCUCGGCGGAUCGUCCGAAUGUGCGGCAAGCUCGAUAUCGCUUGCAAUAUCGAAUAACAUUAAGAUUGUAUAUUCUAUCGAAAGGCGAGCAAGAGAGAGAGAGAGAGAAAGAGAGAAACGCGACUCCGUUAAACAACAUUCUAAAUUCUGCCGCUGCUGUUGAAAGUUACUCGAAUGUAGCAAUAUCGGGUGGCGAUUCUAAGCGUGUAUGUGUUCAAGAGCGACACAGAGCUGGAGAAAGGGAAGUCGCGAAGCGCGCGAAUUAACGAUACGCGACAAAA